GGUCAGGAUUUGUGCCCAAUAAAGGAACAGCGAACCAUCUGGAUCCCAACAGGAGAGGCCAGGACAUGGGAGGUACCUGUUUGCAAAGUCUCGAGCCCUCAUAUACACACACCUGUGCAAGAAGCAGAGUGAAGGAAGGACUGGCCAGAGGCUCAGAUUCCCAUCGGCUCAACGAGACCACCAUGUGCCGAGGCAUCUCUCUUAGGCACUUGCUGCUGCUGCAGCUGCAGCUGUCACAACUCCUAGCUGUCACUCAAGGGAAGACCCUGGUGCUGGGGAAGGAAGGAGAUUCAGCAGAACUGCCCUGCGAGAGUUCCCAGAAGAAGAUCACAGUCUUCAACUGGAAGUUCUCUGACCAGAGGAAGAUUCUGGGGCAGCAUGGCAAUGGUGUAUUAAUUAGAGGAGGUUCGCCUUCGCAGUUUGAUCGUUUUGAUUCCAAAAAAGGGGUAUGGGAGAAAGGAUCGUUUCCUCUCGUCAUCAAUAAACUUAAGUUGGAAGACUCUCAGACCUAUAUCUGUGAAGUAGAGAACAGGAAAGAGGAGGUGGAGUUGUGGGUGUUCAAAGUGACCUUCAGUCCGGGUACCAGCCUGUUGCAAGGGCAGAGCCUGACCCUGACCUUGGAUAGCAACUCUAAGGUCUCUAACCCCUUGACAGAGUGCAAACACAAAAGGGGGAAAGUUGUCAGUGGNUCCAAAGUUCUCUCCAUGUCCAACCUGAGGGUUCAGGACAGCGACUUCUGGAACUGCACCGUGACCCUAAACCAGAAAAAGAACUGGUUCGGCAUGACACUCUCAGUGCUGGGUUUUCAGAGCACAGCUAUCACGGCUUAUAAGAGUGAGGGAGAGUCAGCGGAGUUCUCCUUCCCACUCAACUUUGCAGAGGAAAACGGGCGGGGAGAGCUGAUGUGGAAGGCAGAGAAGGAUUCUUUCUUCCAGUCCUGGAUCUCCUUUUCCAUAAAGAACAAAGAGGUGUCCGUACAAAAGUCCACCAAGGACCUCAAGCUCCAGCUGCGGGAAACGCUCCCACUCACCCUCAAGAUACCCCAGGUCUCACUUCAGUUUGCUGGUUCGGGCAACCUGUCUCUGACUCUGGACAAAGGGACACUGCAUCAGGAAGUGAACCUGGUGGUGAUGAAAGUGGCUCAGCUCAACAACACUUUGACCUGUGAGGUGAUGGGACCUACCUCUCCCCAGAUGAGACUGACCCUGAAGCAGGAGAACCAGGAGGCCAGGGUCUCUGAGGAGCAGAAAGUGGUCCAAGUGAUGGCCCCUGAGACAGGGCUGUGGCAAUGUCUACUGAGUGAAGGUGAAAAGGUCAAGAUGGACUCCAGGAUCCAGGUUUUAUCCAGAGGGGCGAACCAGACAGUGUUCCUGGCUGNCGUGCUGGGGGGCUCUUUCGGCUUUCUGGGUUUCCUUGUGUUCUGCAUCCUCUGCUGUGUCAGGUGCCGGCACCAACAGCGUCAGGCAGCACGAAUGUCUCAGAUCAAGAGGCUCCUCAGUGAGAAGAAGACCUGCCAGUGCCCCCACCGGAUGCAGAAGACCCAUAAUCUCAUCUGAGGCCUAGGCCCCACCUGCAGCCCACCACCUGCGUCCUGUCUCAUCGCCUGAGGCCUGGGGACCAGAUGAAUGUAGCAGACACGGUGCCUCCAGCCUCCUGCUCUCCUCUUCCACAACCAGCCAUGGUCUCCCACCCUCUGUUCCCAAGCCCGUCCGUCCGCAGAGCUUGCCCUCUGCAUUUCAGACACNCAAGCACACCAGAUCAGCUUAUUUAUUCUUCGCCGCUGCCUUUCUGCCAGAGCCUCGGCCCUUCUCUAACGUCCUGGAACCUCUUUCCAGCUGUCUGCUUGGAUUGAAGGGCAGUGUAUAGCACCUGGCACGGAUGGUGGGACUGGAGUCUGGAAAUACACAGCACAGUUUACGAGAGGGCUCUGGGACCAAGCUGAGUGGGGCGGGGAGGGAGGGGGAGGUUGUGCGUGUCACACAUCCUUUCAGGGGUAGAUGCAGACUGAAAGGCUGCCGGAGUCAGCCUCAGCUUUCCAUGAUGACUGCUUCUCUUUUGAGUUUGCAAGACCAGACUCACAUUCAUUCUAACCAGUGCACCAACACACAUCCAAGCCACACACCUGUCCAUAUAUCCAAACAGCAUAUCUUAAUUCAUAAGCCACUUUAAUGUCCUGGGUAUUCGACCCUUACAAAAACCUUACAUGUGGAUGAAUGGUAAAAAGCUCUUGCUGCCAAGCCUGAUGACCUGAGUUUAAUUCUUGAGAGUGGAAGGAGAAGAUUAACUCUUGAAAGUUGUCCCCUGUGUAUGUACCAUGACCCUCAUGUGUACACAACACAUACAUAUGAACACGCGCAUGCUGCACGCACGCAUGCAUGCUGAAAUCCUACAAGCUGGCAGUGGUGACUAAGAUGGCUGAGAUAACCAGUCAUCCCUAGUGAAAUGGAACUUGGUUGAAUAACUAACCAAGGUUACCCAGCUAACCAGUGCUGAGUCAGGGCCAACCCCGGGCUCCUGAUCCCUAGAGCCACUACAUGGAACACAGGGAUGAAUACCACACAGAUCUCUGGAACCACACACACAUAGGAGCACAGCCCCUGGCAGAGAUCUUGAGAGGAUGGAGGAGCCAUUCUGGUUUCAAAUCCCUCCUUGAUCACUGCUGUCUGUCGUCCCCCCCACCCCACCCCGCCCUGUAUCCCUCCCCCCAAGUCCUUUACCAAAGGACAAAACCCUAGUUCUCUUUGAGUGAGGCUGGGAGAGAUGCACAGAGACCUGCCGCAGUGUGUGCAGAGCCUGGGGAGUGGACCAAGCUGGGGUCCUUUAUGGAGAGCAUUGUGACAAGUGGCUGUGCCUUCCAUGCAGAAGAUGAGGGGUCUAAGGACUCUCCCUGAGAGUCUUGAUCUGUUUCUCACAGAUCCACAGCCUCCUCUGCCUCUGUCGCUUGCCUGCUUCAGCACCUCCUUUCCCUUUUUUCCUCUUUUCUUCCCAGCUGGCCUCUUCUAAACAUCCCUUCCCCAUUUCUCCUCAUUGUUCACUUCUUAUUUUUGCCCACUCCCCACUCCUGCUUCCUGAGCUGAU